AUGACGAAUUUGAACUGCGAACAACUUGAUGAUAUUGCAAUCGAGGACGAGGACGAGGACGAGACUGCAGCCAAGAGCGCAGUUCACGGCGAUUUAACAGCGGUAAAGUCAGAAAAUGAACCAUCAUUGUCAGCCAGUCUGCUGCCAUCUAAUAGAAUACUUCAAUCGAGAUCCAUAAGUCUACCACCCAAUGGGAAUUUCUUGUGCGAUUCAUUACAUUUCAUUGAGAUUUCGGCUAACGACAAAUCUCGCCAUAACAAUGAAUUAAAUUUUAUUUAUGAUCUGUCAAAAUCAUCGCAGCCUUUAUCAAAAAUCACAAUGUCGGACAGCAAUAUGAAUCAAAAAAUAGAUCUUCAACCAAUUAGUGACAACAGAAGAUUGGAAAUGCAGGAUCCUAACUUUCAAGGGCGUUUGAGCCUUGAAAAACUUUUGGAAAUUAUUUAUGAUGACUGUAAAAAGUCAAAUAAUGUUGAAACAGAUUCGAACACAGAAUAUUCCUUACUAUCGGAUAGUUCAUCAUUGCAUAAUCCAACACGUUUUACGGAACACGAGUUAUGGCAAAUAGAUACAAGCGAACUUCAAAGAUUGGCUGAAUCAAUCAAAGCUGAGAUCGAAUAUGAAAAUGAUAAACUUAUAAAAGCGUUGAGGAGGAAACUUAAUUAUCAGAAUAAACAACAAUCAAAUUGCGAUAUUAUAACAGCCGUUCUACAAGCAAUUUCUUUUUUCUGUUUAGCUAUAAAUUCAAAAUUGCGAUUUUCAUUGGCUCCAUCAAAAAACAACUACGGUUAUGAUGAAUGGAUUAGCGCUAUGAAGGCAGUAGUACGCCUUCCUGAUGGCAUACCUGCCAAUUUCAGAAAAGAGUUGUGGCUAGUAUUAGCAAAUCAUCACAUAAAAGAAAUGGGAAUCGACUGGGGGCACACAAGCCAAAUUGCUUUCAACGAUAAAAUGAAUCCUGACGAUGAUCGACUGAGUCUGCAGAUUAUUAAGGAUUUACAUCGGACUGGCUGGACAGGUCUCAACGGCGAUGAUGAAAAGAUUCGGCUAAAAAGAUUGCUGUUGGGUUAUGCUAGAUUUAACAAAUCUAUCGGAUAUUGUCAAGGGCUCAACGUUAUUGGGGCGUUAGUUCUCGAGAUCACUGAAUUCAAAGAAGAAUCUGCUCUUAAGGUUAUGAUCUUUUUAAUUGAGCAUAUUCUACCGAGAGGAUAUUUCGAUCAAACUUUAAGAGCGUUAUCUGUUGACUUAAUCGUGCUUCGAGACCUUCUCUACCAAAGAUUGCCAAAAACGAAGCUUCAUUUAGACAAUCUUCAAAAAAAAAGUGAAUUUGAACCACCAUUAACCAACGUAUUUUCAAUGCAAUGGUUUUUAACACUAUUUGCAACAUGUCUUCCAAAACGAUGUGUUUAUCGUAUUUGGGACGCUUUAAUGUUAGAAGGAUCGGAAAUUCUUCUACGAACUUCCCUUGUUAUAUGGGCAAAACUUAGCAAGCGAAUUUUGAAAACUAAAACAGUUGAUGAAUUCUAUACCUUAAUGUGCUCACUUAGCAAAUGUAUAAUGUGCAUGAAAACUACUGAAAUCAACAAUUUUAUUGAGAUCAUUUAUGCAGUGUCCGAAUUUCCUUAUCUUGAAUUACAUGCUCUUAGAGAACGAUACACAUGGAAUGUUCAACCAUUUGGGAACACUUUUUCAAUGGUUCAAAAACAAGUCAACUCUAUUUUGCAUAUCAGUGACGAAGACUUAUCAGAUAAUGAGCAAGCAAUGCAUACAGCAGCAUAUCAGCAUGGGCAGCGGUACUCCGAUCGUACGAACGAAGAGUAUAAAGUUGUUGUCUGUGGUGGUUUAUUUUCCAUAAAUCUAUCUUCGCUCAAUACUUUCAAUCAUCUUUUAAUUCGUUCAUUACUGGAACUCAAUGAAAAAUCUAUAUUUCCAUCAAAUUUUGUCUCGAUGAAUGGAAGCGCACCAGUAACACCAAUUGUCGUCCAGCCAUUCGAAACGGAUUAUGCUAUGGAAUCGUUGCAAAAUGUACUACAGAUGAUUUCUCAAAAAUCUAAGGUGAAAUCUAAAGGUCUUCCAAAACAGAUGGUUUUACAUAAAUCGAAACUUAUACUUAAAUCUUUCAAUCUUUCUAAAAAUGCACCAAUAAUCUCAUCUGAAAAUCCUUUUCCAGUUCCUAAAAAGCGCAUAACGACAAAGAAACUCGACAUGGCUGCAACCGCAUCACUUGGUUCCAUUUGA